GAAAAAAUUGCAAUUACAGAGUGGGCCUUUUUGUUUGCGCCGGUUAUGGGCGGAGGAACGGUAUCAUCCGCAUCGUGUUCGUCUUCCCUUCUCGUCUGCCACCGUACAUUUGCUCGUGACCCUUGUUGCUAUAUUUAUUCAUAUUAGUUGUUGGAGCGGCCAUUUUUGCGAUUACGAGAAAAGAGUAGUUACAAUAUUACUAUACGGUUAUAUACAGUUUCAUUCACAUUAAAGUUCGAACUUCGAAGUCGACUACAACAAACAACCGAAUCGCCUGGCCGGCUACAGGUUCAAAUUGACGGCGCAUUUUCUGUUUUCAGUCUUGCCGAUAUUUGUAUUGGUGCGGUUGGUGUAGUUGGUGUGUGAAAGAAAAUACGAAAUUCAAGCAGAAAAAUAGCUGUAUAUCAAACUAACGAGUCAGAGAACCGAAAAGAGGCAACGGUUCGAACAUGUCUUCAGCUGCGAAUUCGCCAGCGACGAACUCAAAUUCAGAUGACGAACAGAGUCGUUCCAAAUGGCAUAUGCAACUGAAUGCGGAUACACCAUCACCCAAUUCGACCACGACAACACCCAUAUCAACCCCUACUUCGCUAUAUUCUUUUCCGGCCAGCAUACAGCAAGCCGAUGUGAGUGGUAGCGCCACCGCCGGCGGUGGCAAUGGCAGCAGUGGUACGCCCAAACGUAAAAGUGCCUUUCUUCCGUAUCGCCCACAAGCCACUGUGCUUACGAAUUUACAGCGCGGCAAUACUGAAGCAACCUUUUGUCCAGUGGAAGUCACAUUAUCUUUUCACGAGCGUGCGGGUCAAGGUGAGAUCACCGACGAUCAAGUACGCUUAGAACUCGAGCGAAAUGCUCACAACAUUGAUUUUAAAGAUGCUUUAGGCUUCACCGCUCUACAUUGGGCUGCUUACUAUGGCCAACUGGCUGCAGUGCGUUUGCUGGUGGAUGCUGGCGCUAAUGUAAAUGCAGAGGCACCUGAAAUGGUAACCCCACUGCUGCUUGCUGCUUGCGGUGGUCACAAUGAUGUGGUGCGUUUGUUGCUGGAGCAUGGUGCCUGUGCGACGCACAUGGACAUUGUAGGCAAUACUGCAUUAAUGUAUGCCGCAGCAGGAAAUCACCCGCAUACGUGCAAUGAAUUACUAGCCAAGGAUCCGGAUAUGACGCUAUCGAAUGAGAAUGGUGACACAGCUUAUUCCUUGGCUGUGGAGAAUGGAGCUGUCUUGGCGCAAGCAGUGCUGGAGCAGUUCUUAAGCGCGCUGUUGUUGCUCUGAAUGUGAGCCUUAAAAUAUUUCUAGAAGAAGAUAAAUAAAUUGAAAUUUAGUGUCACUACCAGCGACAACAAUAACAAAACAUUCCUUUCGAUCAAGUGAGACGCCGUGCAGCGACAUUUUCGAAGGCCGUAAAGUCGACGGAAGAAAGAGAAAGGCAAGUAA